UCUCGCCAGUGUUCAUUUGCAAGACAUUAACUUCCUCGAUCAAAAUAACAGGUCAGCUGAUGAUCACGUGACCGUCACAUGACCAGCACAUUAGGACACGAGCGUCGGUGCUGUUUUUCCAGAUAUCGGGAUACAGGAGCGCGAAAAACAAUGCGGACUGCUGUUUUCUUCCUGAGCUUUAUUUGGCUCGUCAGUGGGGAGCUGCUUGAGGCCGACCAAGAUGCUUCGGUGCCUGAGGACUGGAUUCUAGUUGAACGGGUUGGACCUUUGGAGGAAGUAAAACUUAUAUUUGCUUUAAAGCAGCAGAAUGUUAACCAGAUGACAGAGUUACUGAAACUAGUGUCGGACCCUGAUUCACAUCAAUAUGGGAAGUACUUGAGUUUGGAAGAAGUGGCCGCUCUUGUGCAGCCGUCUCAGCUGACAGAGAAAGUAGUGCAGAAUUGGCUCCAGAGUCAUGGGGUCAAAAACUGUCACACAGUUGUAACACGGGACUUUCUUCAAUGUGUCAUGACUGUGCAGGUUGCUGAAGCAUUGCUCCCUGGCGCUAAAUUUCACCGCUACAGGAGAGAUUCGCACACUGUGUUGAGGUCAACAUCUCUAUACUCCGUUCAUGAAGAUGUGUACCAGCAUCUAGACUUCGUGGGCGGUGUUCACCGUUUCCCACAAAAAGGAAAGGAUAUCAGUAAAGGCUGGGAAGGAGCAAGACAGUCAGCAUUAGGCUAUCACUUGGGUGUCACCCCCUCAGUCAUUAGGCAUCGCUACAACCUUACAGCAAAAGAUGUGGGCACUGCCACUAACAACAGUCAGGCAGUGGCACAGUUCUUGGAGCAGUAUUACCACCCUGCUGACCUGGCUGAGUUUAUGAGUCUGUUUGCUGGAGGAUUCACGCACAUGUCUGCUGUAGAGCGGGUCGUGGGCAAGCAGGGCGGUGGGAAAGCUGGCAUUGAGGCCAGUCUGGAUGUGGAGUACAUCAUGAGCAGUGGAGCAAACAUUUCUACGUGGGUCUUCACGAAUCCAGGUCGUCAUGAGUCUCAGGAGCCGUUCCUUCAGUGGAUGCUGCUGCUCAGCAACAUGUCUGCAGUGCCUUGGGUCCACACGAUCAGCUAUGGAGAUGACGAGGACAGCCUUUCUGAUGCAUACAUGAACCGCAUCAACACGGAGUUCAUGAAAGCUGGCCUCAGAGGAAUUUCCAUGCUUUUUGCUUCCGGUGACAGUGGAGCAGGCUGCAGACACUUGACCAAGGAAAGAAAUACUUUUAGACCAAGUUUUCCUGCGUCCAGUCCUUAUGUGACCACAGUGGGUGGGACUUCUUUCAAGAACCCCUUCCAACUCACCUACGAGGUCACAGACUACAUCAGUGGAGGUGGCUUCAGCAAUGUGUUUGCGAUGCCAGAUUAUCAGGUUGGUGCUGUUCAAGCAUAUCUGAAGAGCGCUCAGCCUCUACCUCCUCAAACAUAUUUCAACAUCACUGGAAGAGCCUAUCCAGAUCUAGCUGCGCUCUCUGACAACUACUGGGUUGUUACCAACCGUGUGCCCGUACCAUGGGUUUCUGGAACUUCAGCAUCGACUCCAGUAGUGGGUGGAAUUCUAUCCCUUAUAAAUGACCAGCGCUUUCUGAAGGGUCUUCCCUCAUUAGGAUUCAUCAACCCUCGCCUUUACAAGCUGCAAGGCAAAGGUCUUUAUGAUGUAACGGAGGGAUGUCACUUGAGUUGUCUGGAUGAUAAAGUUGAAGGGAAGGGUUUCUGCGCCUCUCCUUCAUGGGAUCCUGUAACGGGAUGGGGGACACCAGAUUAUCCUGCUCUUCUUAAAGCACUUAUGGACUGAGCUGCUGGCUGCUUGUUUAGUCAAAUUGCAAUAGAAAUAUCCACCCUUUGCACAUUUUUUUUUUUUGAGAAAUGUAUUAGUUUUUCAUGACAAUGCUUUGUGUAAUCAUAUCAACAUAUCAUAUGUGUCAAUCAUCUAAGAAUCACCUUCAAAAAAAUAAUGUGCUUUCAGUGUAAGCCGAACCUUUGAUGACUAGUUGAUUUACCCUCCCUGUCCAACAGGUCAGACCACUUCAGUUCAUUCAGAUGAGCUUGAUUUGUCCCAGAGUAAAGGAUUGGAGGUUUCAGUGUGUAGACCACAACCGUAUGUUCAACAAACUUUGCUUUAAACAAAACAGUGCGACACAGAAUCUACGGAAUAGUGCAAUAUUCCCUAAUAAUAAAUUUUGGUUCCUUUUUAAAACAAUUAAAAAUGUAUAUUUUAUUCAUAAACAUGUAGCAUUUACCGAAACCAGCCUAAUUACUGAACAUACUUGAGGGCUGCAUAAACCAAUGGCCUGUUUUUGACAUUUUUAACGGGUUGAUUUCAAAGACUUUGUGAGGAGAUCCUCAGGGAAUUAAAUAUUGAAUGGAUUUGUUUGUUCUGGAACUAUUUGUUGGAAAGAUUGAGAAUGUUUUUCUACUAAACGUCAGGUGUACUUAAUGUUGUUCGAGCAACUGGUCCAACUUGUUUUUUUUUUUAAAAGAUGCCUUGCCUUCAGGAUAUUUUUAAGGCUGAUGUUUGAUUUCUUUGCUUGAAAAAUACAAAUGAAAAUUUUUAUUUUGAAAUAAAUGCCUUUGUGUGAUUACA